AUGGGUUGCUGCCAAGACAAGGACUUUCAGACUUCAGAUGAGCAGGCCAAGGAGGCCGGGUCAGAGGAAGUCCAGGAAGGCAACGAAGAGGAAAACCGGAAUCGCAAGUCGAACGAAAGCGUUCUGAUCACUGUGCUGUGGCGGCGGCUAUCCAUGUUCAGCCGCCGGGGCUCCUCGCGGUCAAGCAAGAGGCACUCAGUCCAGAAUGCAAAGCAGGCGUGUAUGCUCCAGGAGUGCAACCGGGAGGGGAUCCAGGAGGAGCCAGAGAAGGGGUGA